GCAAUGAUAAAACAAAUACAAGAAAAUAGGGACGAAAAAAAAAAACCCAAAACAAUACAUUAGCCGAUGAACAAUAAUUUUAUAUUUGAGGGUAGAUUUUGUAAAUGUUGGUUGGAAAACACUAGAAAUUAUCCACAUGGUGACGUGGACUAAUGUAGUUCGAUCUUUAACAUGCUCUAAAAUGCGACACAAAACAAACUGACGACGACGUUAAAAGCGAGUCACUGACUCAGAAUCGAAUCGGUCUUUCUGGUUACCCCUCAAAUGACGUCAAUUUUGGGUUCUAGUUCUACCCCUUUAUCUCGAUUUCUCCCAAAAUCAAUACUCAAUCGCAGCAACCUCUUCCCUUUAUCGAAAUCAACUCGACAUUCGUUCACGAAAAUCGUCAAUUUUGGCGGAUUAGGGCUUGAAUCUGGUAGCCGGGUUUCAUAUCGAAGCAAGAGAGGGUUUAGAGGUGGAAUUAUGGCUAUGGCGGAUUCCGGUCCCGUUCAGAAAUCAGAGGAUGAGUGGCGUGCAGUUCUAUCUCCUGAACAGUUUCGUAUCUUGAGACAAAAAGGAACCGAGUAUCCAGGAACAGGUCAAUAUAACCAUUUUUAUGAAGAGGGAGUGUACACUUGUGCAGGAUGCAACACUCCUCUUUACAAAUCAACCACAAAGUUUAACUCCGGUUGUGGGUGGCCGGCGUUCUAUGAAGGUCUUCCCGGAGCUAUAAACCGCCAUGCUGAUCCAGAUGGAAUGAGGGUGGAGAUCACGUGCGCAGCAUGUGGAGGGCAUCUUGGGCAUGUAUUCAAAGGUGAAGGUUUUCGUACACCAACAGAUGAACGCCAUUGUGUUAAUAGCAUCUCCCUUAAAUUUACGACUGGAAAUUAAAUAAUUAGUUGAAUUAAAUAAUUAGUUGUUCUUGUUCUUGGUCAUAUGUUUUUAUGAGUUUGAUAUGACCUAUUGUUGAACUUUGGGUUUUGUUGUAUUUAUAAUGAAACUGUCCUUGAAUCUACUUUCAUAACCUGUUAUAAAGCAGUUAUUUUUAUUAAAAAAAAGAAAAAA